GGGAAUCCGUUUAUUUGGAUAUUUAAGACCGCUCAAAACCACUUUUUUUUGUUAUCAAAAUCAGAUUGUGCAUCUUCGUUUAUUCAUAACCCAUACCCCAUCUUGACCAGCAGCCAGAAUCAUGGCUCCUAGCCUCAGUGACGUACCUCAACUGGACGCAGUCCAGAAGCUGAAGCCUAGCGGGGAUGAACCGACUUUCAGAUAUACCUCAACAGAGAAGCUGAAAAAUGCAGUCGAGAAGGCUGGUCGAGACUUUCGCUCCGAUGUGGUCACAGUCCCAACAGAGAGCAUGAUGCAGGCGAUCAUCGAUGCUUCUGUCGGCGACGAUAUCUAUGACGAAGGAGGUGAUGCCUCCGUCAAUGCUCUCCAGGACAAGAUGACCGAGCUCAGUGGCAAGGAAGCAGCUCUUUGGACACUUUCUGGAACACAGGGGAAUCAGAUUUGUCUGCGUACACAUCUGACGCAGCCUCCACAUUCCGUUCUCGUAGACCAUAGAGCUCACGUCCAGUGCUGGGAGUCGGGUGCAUUGCCUGUCUUUUCUCAAGCAUCGGUGAAAACCGUGCAACCCAAGAACGGCAUUCACCUGACGCUGGAAGACGUCAAAAACAACAUGAUCCCAGAUGGGAAUAUUCAUUUCCCUCCCACUCGAGUCGUUUCUCUUGAGAAUACUCUCAGUGGAACGAUUCUCCCAUUGAAAGAUGCCCAGGAAAUCUCGGAGUUUGUGCGCAAUUAUCCUGUACCAGAUGAAACCCGUCCAAUUCGUAUGCACUUGGACGGGGCCAGGCUUUUCGAUGCUGUGGCGGCUGAAGGGGUUAGUCUGAAAGACUAUUGUGCCUGCUUUGACUCCAUCAGCUUCUGCCUGGCCAAGGGGAUUGGUGCACCCCAGGGUAGUGUGAUUGUAGGAUCAAGGCGGUUUAUUGAACGGGCGAAAUGGUACCGGAAGAUGUUUGGAGGUGGAACUCGUCAGCCUGGUAUGAUGGCUGCUUGCGCUUCUGCUGCAUUGGAUAAUGCUAUCCCUCUGCUUCCAGGUGUUCAUGCCAUGGCUAAGGAAGUCGCAAGGAAGCUGGAGGAAAUCGGGUACGUCUUUGCAUUGCCCGUGCAGUCAAAUAUGGUGGUCCUUGAUCUCGAGGCGAUGGAUAUCCCGCAUACCGCCUUUGUUAAAUACUGCAAGCAGUACAAUGCCAUCGUAUUCUCCACGGGGAGACUGGUCUUCCAUCAGCAAACAUCGCAAGACGGGGUUUCGAGAUUGCUCCAAGCCUUGGAGAAGCUCAUCGAAGACAAAAAGGCUGGAAAAGAGCUUGCAUCGAACCAGGUAACUGGCGGCUGCACAUAAUUAUAGAGACGAAGCUAUUGUAUAUAUUUUAAUCAUAGUAUUCUGGGAAUUGAAUCGUCACAUAGAGACGACAAUCA